AUGAAGGCCUACAUGUACGACAACCUGCCGGGUGACCAGCGUCUGCCUCACGAUUCCGGCCGUGAGGUGACGGCGGAUGCGCUGGCCAGCCUGGGCGUGCUCUACCACCACCUGCCCGCGACCAGCGAGGUGGAUGUGCUGGCGGCCAACCGCGGCUACAAGAACCGCGACGAGAUUGUCGUGUCACCCGAGAAGAUGGGCGACGUGUACGAGGACAAGGUCAAGAUGUUCUUCAACGAGCACCUGCACGAGGACGAAGAGAUUCGCUACAUCCGCGGCGGCCAGGGCUACUUUGACGUGCGCAACCAGGGCGACGAGUGGGUGCGCAUCCAGCUGGAAAAGGACGACCUCAUCAUCCUUCCCGCGGGCAUCUUUCAUCGAUUCACUACUGAUGAGUCUAACUAUGUGCAUGCCAUGAGACUCUUCAAGGAUGAGCCAAAGUGGACUCCUCUGAACCGUGCUCCGGAGCUGGACGGCAACGAAAUCCGUAAGGACUAUGUCAGCCAGUAUCUCAACUAA